UUUGACUUCGCAUUUGUGGAUGCGGACAAGCAAAACUACCUCAACUAUCACGAGCUUCUAAUGAAACUUGUUAAGGUUGGUGGAAUCAUAGCUUACGAUAACACACUGUGGUUUGGGACAGUUGCAGAACCUGAGGAAAAGGUGAAGGAAUUGGCUUUAAGGAAAGGCAGAAAUGAUGUGGUUGAAGUGAACAAUUUUCUAGCCGCUGACCCUCGUGUCGAAUUGGCUCUUGUUUCCAUUGGGGAUGGCCUCACCCUCUGCAGGCGCCUCCACUAAACUUGGCAAAGAAACAACUCAAUGCUGAAGCUCUCUAAUAAAUAAGGCUGUUUAGUUAAUUAUCAAAUGAUCGUGCAUGUGUUGAUGACGUGAUGGUAUGAAUUCAUGUACGUAUGAUUUGAUCCUUCUCAAUGAAGUUUGAUUGAUGCUGGAAGC